CAUGUUGGUGAGAAGAAGAAGAAGAAGAAGAAGAAGAAGGAGAAGGAGAAGAGCAUCAUCAUCCAUGGCUUCUCAAACCCUAGUUCUCCAGGUCAUGGCCGCCAUGCUUCAACUCCGCCCCUUCUCCACUUCCCUUUCCCCCUCCCCACGCUUCCCUGGCUGGACAACCAACUCCAUCCUCUCCAUCCUCGCCGCCAUCCCCUCCUUCUUCUUCCUCUCCACCCGCUCCAUCGGCCGCCAACCCACAACUCGCCAUCGCUCCCCUCUCAAACCUCGACCUCUCCGUCUCCACACCCUCGCCGUCCACCGCGACCCUUCCAGGAUCCAUCUCGGCGUCUCUCAAGCCCUAGCUUUCUACUCCUGGGUCGAAUCCCAUUGUGGAUUCAUCCACAACGAGAGCACUUGCCGCGCGAUGUGCCGAAUCCUUGCCAAAUCCAACAACCUCCGGAUUCUAUGGCGGUUCCUCAGAUCCAACCAAACCCUAGUCACCACCACCACCAUCACCUCCAUCAUCAAGGUCCUUGGCGAUGAGGGUUUGGCCAAGGAGGCCUUGGCCGCAUUCUAUCGGAUGAAACAACUGCAUUGCAAGCCUGAUGUCAUCGCCUACAACACCCUCAUCUCGGCGCUCUGCCGGAUUGGUGAUUUCAAGAAUGCAAGAUCUCUUCUUGAGCAAAUGGAGCUUCCUGGAGCUCGGUGCUCGCCGGAUACCUACACUUAUACGAUCCUCAUUGGGUACUAUUGCCGGAGGAGCAUGGAGACCGGGUGCCGGAAAGCGAUCAGGAGGAGAAUUUGGGAGGCUAAUCACAUGUUCCGGCGAAUGCUUUUCAAGGGUUUUGUUCCUGAUGUUGUGACCUACAACUGUUUGAUCAAUGGUCUCUGUAAGAGUUAUCGGAUUGAGAGAGCUCUGGAGGUGUUUGAUGAAAUGCUGCAGAGAGGUUGUGUGCCAAAUAGAGUUACUUAUAAUUCUUUCAUUAGGUAUUAUAGUGUUGUGAAUGAGGUUGAUAAGGGUGUUGAGAUGAUGAGGGCAAUGGUGGCACGGAAGCAUGGUGUGCCCAUGUCCAGCUCUUACACGCCGAUAAUUCAUUCGCUUUGUGAGGCCGGAAGGGUUGAGGAAGCGAGGGAUUUUCUCGUUGAGAUGGUUCAGUUUGGGUCUGUUCCGAGGGAGUAUACGUAUAAAUUGGUUUGUGAUGCUUUGAGUAGAUUGGGUGUGGAUGGUUUUGGAGCUGAUUUGAGGAGACGAAUUGAGGAUGGAAUCGAUGCGAGGUUUAGAUCAGUGAUGCGGGUGAAGCCUAUAAUGCAACGCCCGAAAUAGAUCUAUUUGUGUGUUUGGAUGAUGUAAUGAUAAAUCAAGCUGUUACACUUUGAUAACUGUUGCUCUUUGUGAGGCAAGGAAAGUUAUGAAAGUAAGGAAGGUCUAUUCCGAGGGAGCACAUACAUCCAUAUGAACUAGUUUGUGAUGCAUUGGAUAGUUCAGGGGAAGAAGGUUUUGGGGCUGAUAAGAGUGGAAGAAUAGAGAAUGAUAUUGAUGAAAGGCUUAGUCCAGUGAUGCCGGUGAGGCCUGUGUUCGAAUUGUCAAAAGAGAUCAGUUGUGGAUGUCUGAUGACAAGGUGAGGCCGAAGUUGAGUUCAGCUUUGUAGCAAUGAGAUGGAGCAAAAGGGAACCAAUAAAGAGCACUUAAGUUCUACAGGUGUCCAGGAUGGCCUGAAGCGCUUGAUGAAAAGAUCUUUUUGGUGGAACAUGAAUCUUAAUGGAAUAACAGUUGAUUAGACAGUAAAUUCUGGGUUGAGUUCCAUUUGUGAUAAUCAUUUGAUUGUAAUUGAUUGGAUAUUAUGGACAUUAUCCAUCUUGUAUUUAUUGCUGAUGUAAAGCUACUAUCUAACAGAGUAAAGGAUGUGAAAACAA